GUCGUAUUUCGCAAGUGGCUACGAGAUCAGGUCCUGAGGGGAAUCUGGCCUUCCGUUAGCCAGACAUAAAAGUAGCUCAGCCCCGUCUAUCGUGAGUACAUUCCUCACAUCUCUUAUCUUGACACGACGACAACACCAACAACCAAUCAAGGCAAUACUUUGAUCUUCAUCUUUCCCAAGGUUAUCAACAUGCGCUCCGAAAUUUUCGCUUCUUUGCUCCCUCUCGCCGCGCCAGCCUUAGCCGGGCGGGCGGAGACGGUCAAAGUCUCUCACCUCUCGGUGCACAAAGUGGGAAGCCCCGUCGGGACCACGAUUGAGAGUGUCUCAUUCAAGCUCAAUGGUGACAACGUGAAGAACUUGAAGUGUUCGGCCUCCAACUUUGCGUUUCCCAGCCCCAUCAAGAUCUUCCCCUGUGGAAACUCUGACUACUCUUUUGCUUUGUUUGCGGGCGAAGAUGGUGUGGACUUCGCUACAAUGGUGUACCACGAUGUUGGGGAUUCGCAUGCGGACCUCCGUGGUCUCUCGAAUGUCGACACCGUCUGCGAUAACAGCCAUGGAAGUGGCCCCGCCGACGAGAUCUGUACCCAGGGGAAGCCCGUGACUUUCGUCAUUGACGGACCGGUUGGUUCUGGUCCUGGCGAUGAUAUUGAACUGUAAAGUUUUGGGGGAGCGUGUUACUAUGAGGCUUCUCUCAAGCUACCAGCGAGUUUUCACAAGCCAAGCUAGCUUCUCGGCAGGCUUCCUUGAUAUGCAGAAUAGUUGAAGAAUAUCACAGUGAAUCCCAGAUCAUCUUCUGCAUUUUUUAUAGGGAGGCCAGCAAUCCACAAUUUGAAUAGUUGAGAAAGCCAAUAACUCUUCAAUAUGACUCCAAGCGGCUAGAUCUCAGGGACCUAUUCUGUGUGCAUUGAUACCAAAUUCCUCAAGUGCCUUCCCAAUUUAUUUAAAGAGAAGAUCUUAUCUGCAGUAUAAGGAUAGAUCUUAUUAUUGAAGUGAUUUGUACAUUCUCAAUUGAAGUAAUAUAAGUAGAU